CUCCGCCCGCCCCACACACCCCGCACCAUGUCCACCACGACCGAACCGAAAGAACCACUCGCGAAGAAGGUCUCGCGCCACGAGGCGGGCUUCGAGACCCCGCCCAUUGAUCUCGAGGAGGCGGCCCUGCUCCGUCCCACCAAGCUGCGCGGCAAGGCGCUCAACUUUAUGGUCACGUUCGUGGCCGGCACCGGGUUCACACUCUUCGGCUACGACCAGGGCGUCAUGUCUGGCCUGCUGACCCUCCCGUCGUUCGUGGCGCGCUUCCCCAUGACCGACACCUCUGGCGCCUUCGAGAACCGGCACAAUGCAACCCUGCAGUCGCUCCUGAUUGCGAUCUACGAGCUGGGCUGUAUGGCCGGCGCGCUGAGCAACCUCUGGGUUGGUGACAAGCUAGGCCGUCGGCACACGAUCUCACUCGGCGGUGUCAUCAUGAUCGUCGGCGCCGCCAUCCAGGCCGGAGCAGUCGACUACGCCAUGAUGCUCGUUGGCCGUGUCGUCACCGGCCUCGGGAACGGUCUCCUCACGUCCACGGUCCCGGCAUACCAGAGCGAGUGCGCCAAGCCGCACCGGCGCGGCCAGCUGGUCCUGUUCGAGGGCUCACUCAUCACCUUUGGCAUCAUGAUCUCGUACUGGCUCAACCUGGGCUUCUACUUCACCAAGGGCGAGGUGGCGUGGCGGUUCCCGAUCGCCUUCCAAAUCGUCUUCGCAAUCGUCAUGAUCGCAUUCAUGUACCUCUUCACCCUGCCCGAAUCGCCCCGCUGGCUCGUCGCGCGCGGGCGCAACGCCGAGGCCCUCGCCGUGCUCGCCGCACUCGACAACACGGGCGUCGAUGACCCCGCCGUCCGGCAGACGUGGCACGGCAUUCUGGACGCCGUGGCGGCCGAGUCGGCCGAGGGCUUCCAGUUCCGCCAGAUCUUCACGCACGGCAACUCGCAGAACUUUAGGCGCACGCUGAUUGGCAUGCUGUCGCAGUGCUUCCAGCAAAUCUCAGGCAUCAACCUCAUCACAUACUACCUCACUUCCGUCCUCCAGGACAUGGGCAUCCAGGAGACGCUGUCCCGCGUGCUCUCCGGCGUAAACGGCACAGUCUACUUCCUGACGUCCCUCGUCGCCAUCCUGCUCAUCGAGCGCUGGGGUCGCCGCCCACUCAUGUUCUGGAUGGCGCUAGCGCAGGGCGCCACCAUGGCCAUCUUGGCCGGGCUGUACAACACCAAUGCGCGCGGCAACAAGGCCGCGCAGGGCGUCAGUGUACUCAUGCUCUUCCUCUUCAACACGUGGUUCUCGAUCGGGUGGCUAGGCAUGUCGUGGCUGUAUCCGGCCGAAUUGACAGGCCUUCGCAUUCGUGCGCCUGCGAACGCGCUGAGCACCGCGACGAACUGGUUGUUCAACUUCUACGUCGUUAUGGCUACCGGGCCCAUGUUUGCAGGCAUCAGAUGGGGCACAUAUGCCCUCUUCGCGGCGUGUAACAUCCUCAUUAUCGCCCCGGUGGUCUGGAUUUGGUUCCCCGAGACGAAGCGCUACUCCCUCGAGGAGCUGGACAUUAUCUUCGCUCUCGCGCACCAGCAGGGUGUGAACCCCGUCAAGAUCAGCAUCUCGGGCGAUAUCCCGCCGGCGGGAUCGCGCGAGGCCGAGCAGAUCCUCGGGAGGGCAGGGGAGCCGAGGGGCGGCGAGGGCGGAGGUAUUACGCGUCGCCUGUCGCGCGCACUUAGCCGCGAUGGUGCGCAUGCCAAGCCGGAGACGAGGCACAGCGAGGGGGUGUAGAUGUAGAGUAGUCGACAAGUAUGCAGCGGUGAUUUGAGGAA